CAUCAAUAACCUUAUGGAAAAUAUCAAAAUGCGAUAUACAACUCACAACUUUGUACGUCCUCAUUUCCUGAUGUGUGUCUCUGUAGACGUUUUAUAGCUUUUGACUCAUGAUGUUGCGGUUCAAAGAUUGAGCGAUCUACUAAACCGCCCCCGCUUUGCCAACGUAUAAAUCCAUCACAAUGUCUCUUUGGACAAAACCAGCCGUGCCAGAUGCCCCUCCCCCAAAGGGUGUAGCUGAUGUGGCAGAUACUGGUCUUGCAGACGUAGAUCUACCUGCACCUCCGCCAGUCUCUCAAGCUUCUACCGGUGCUUCUACGGCACGUCAGCAACUUGCGCGGAACCAACCUCAACCUCCUCCACCCCAUCAACCCCCACCACCACCUGCACCACAGCAGAUGGUUGGGAAUCCGAACGAUUCGCUUUCCUUAAUGCAACUGAAAAAACUUGUCACUGAAUUUCCGAAGGUCGAUCCUACGUCAUACACUUUUACAUAUACCGAUACAGCAACAUAUGAAGAAGAGGUGGAUGAGUGGUUUUCAUACAACGACGCAGAGUUCAAGAGAUUACACAGAGCAAAGGAUACUUUUCAGAGAAGAUGGAAGAAAUCUUGUGCGAAGACUUGGGUCGAAGCUGAUAGAGAGGAACAUUUGAAGUUUGUGAAGAAGGAAGUUCAGGGUCUACAUGCUAGCGACUUACGAAGGAGAUGCAAAAGCCUUCAAACUUUGUUACAUGUGAUACUGGGAAUCUGGGAUGAGAAUGCCGGAAAGAAGGAGGAACUGGAGCUUAUGAAUUCGAGUGAAACAAAGGGAAGAACAAAAGCAGCCCCUUCCCAAGUCGAAAGUAUGAAGACGAGCGUCUCUCUUCUUGCAGAGAGUGGUGGAAUCGAGAUGAUUUACGGUGUGAUGCAGACCGCUUUCAAGCAUCUAUGGUGAGGAUGGCGUAAUCAUGACCGUUAAACAUGGCUGACCACAUGACAGGGAUGACGAAUUUCGAGAAACAAAGAUAACGGAAGAUGAUAUACCAUUUGUGCAGGAUGAACUGGACAAUGUCAUGACUAUCUUUUAUUUGACGAUAGAGGGUGUCCGUUGUCAUCCAGAAUCUUUAGAUGUUGCAAAAAAGACUCUACGUAAGUUUAUUCACACCGUGUGAGCUUGAAAUACUAAUGUUUGGGAUCAUAGUGGACUUGCAGCCAAAAAUGGUACAUUAUCUAUUGACGAUUUCUGGAAAGUUACGAUGGGACGAGGCCAACGAAUUACCACAAACACGAGUUAGUAUUCCGACUAUCAGAAGGUCCAUUAGCUUAUUUCCAUAUUCACAGAUCUUCCUCCUCUUCUGGAAAUCCAUAUUGUUUGUUUUUGGAGGCACCGAGGAAAUCGAGAAAGUCAAAAGAGCAACCGAUGAACUGGCCAACACCGGUGGUGAGAAGAUAAUUACCGCGUCACCACUUGACUAUCACAUCUUUCGUCAAGAGAUUACUUCGAAGUAUCCCGCAUACAUCCCUCCAGAACCUUUAAUACCCCUUGAGCCCGAUAAUAACUCAAUACUCCCGCCAUUACCCAAUCGACCAAGCAGAGCCAGCACAACUGGUAUCCUGAAUCCUCCAACGAAUGUCAAUAGCGGUGGAGCUUCGAUUCUUCAUCAGCCAGUUCACAUAGCUACGCCUGCUCCAUCUCCACCUCCUUCUCCACCAGUCGGAGGGAAAGCAGGUAAGAAACAAAACUACCAAACAAAUCAAAACUUCCCAUUUAUGUAUCCACCACUUGACAGUACUAGCAAUAGUGCAGGUGGAAAAGGCACAGCAGGGCUACAGGAUCUUCUUGUAGGUCGUAAAUGGGAAGGAAGUGACAUUCCGAAGUCGAUAUUGGAAGCCGGUGAACUAUUUGCUGGUAGAAUGCGAAUGACUAGAGCAAUGCGUCAAUUAUGGGAUGAACGAGAACGUUUCUUGAGAUUUGAACGUGGAUGGGAUGACAGAGAUGAUGAGGAUAUUGAAGAGCUUGAUCUCGACCACAUUUUGGCUGAUGGGCUCAAACAUCAAAAGCCAAAGUCACCAAAAGUAGAAGUUGACUACGGACCACGAAAGGAUAUUAGUGAUGAAGUCAAGAAGAAACUGGACUUGAUAGAGUCUUUCUAUGUAAGUUUUCAAUUCUAUAGCUCUACAAUCUUCUCUCCAAACUCAUAUCUCGAUAGCAAUAUUCUAUACCACACCUCCAGUCCCUUGUCAUAGUCCUUAUCAAGGCUCUGUUGGCAAAUGUUACGAAUUUGAUGAAUCAGCCAGUGAAUGUGCAGCCACAGAGCAGCAUUCCUAUAAGUGCACGAACAAAUGGCGCGCGAGGGCCAGGUCAAGCCCAAGAUCCCGCCAAUAUACCUCUACCCAACCCAAUCGAUCUUGCAGACCUCACGGUAGAUGAAAUAGAGGCAAUGAGAUUCAGAGAAAUCACCUCAAAAGCUGUAUCAGGCAUUCUUCUUAUCCUUUUGAAAUGGCUAAAAGUUUCACGUAAGUCUUGACAAUUCAUUACAUGUCGUCUCACAUGCUAAUCUGGUAGAUAUUCUCAAAUUUGAAUAUUUCACGCAGCUACUACUGGACUCUAAUUAUCUUCCUUUGAUACUUAAGAUGUUCGCCCAUCAAGAGAUAGAUAGGAUCGUGGACAGCAGAAUAGAUCGCGAAGACUUGAGGUUGGUAUCGUUCCGAAGGAUUCGUUCAUGGCUAAUGACUCUCAGCUUCUUCGCAUUCUGUAACGGUAAUAGUAAACAUGCAUCAGUGGCCACUGAAGAAGAAAGUGAAGAUGACGCCGCUCCACCUCCAAUCAAACUACAGCGGGACAAUACCGCAAGCAAUAUCGAUGGUCAACUUCCCGCUCUAUCCUUUCAAGAAGGUCAGCAUGCAGCUCGUCGAGAUACAGAAGUCGAUGAACUUGGCAUUCCGACGACUGAGGUUAUUUCACAGCCUAUCACUGAAUUCUCCUGGCGCAACUUUUUCUCAUCUAUAAACUUUCUCCGCAUCAUGCAAAAAAUCUGUAAGAACAAAGCCCAUCGGAAUUUACUUCUCGUUCAAUAUAAAUCAUCCAAUAUCCUCAAAAAGUCUUUCAAAAUACCCCAGCCCGAGCUGCGCCUUUAUACUCUCAAAUUGUUCAAAAAUCAAGUUCCGUACUGUGGUCGUAAAUGGAGACAAGGAAAUAUGAGAGUUAUUACGGCUGUUUACUUACAUUGUAGACCUGAAUUGAGGGAUGACUGGUUGGCAGGUAGUGAUGUGGAUGCUGAAGUUGAGGAAGCAUUACCAUUGGAACAGGCAUUGAGAGCAUUGACACAUUGGUUUAACCUGAGGAGAUAUCCUGAAAGAAUGGGUGCGGAUACCAAGUUAUUGCAAGAAGAACACGAUUUUUUCACUAGGGAGCUGGAGGGGAUGGAGAUUGGAUUAGAGGAAAUGGGUAUAGGAAAUGGAGAGGAAAGUAUGGAUGGUAGCAUGUGGGGAGAUGGGAGUAGCGGUUGGUGAGGUUGAGGUAGGGUAGAGUGAAGCAGUCAUUGCUGAUUUAUAUGGCAUGGCAUUGAGAUGAGGUAUAUGUAUACGAAAUGAAUGAUGAAUGAUGCAGGACGAUGAUUCUUCCCAGCCACCUAUUCACAAUCAAUCGCCAUGAAGUGGAUGGAUGAUACCAAUAUUUGCAUAUUGCAAUAUAUAUCCAAAACAAAGCCAAACGACUGUGCCUCUCAUGUUUCAGUGGAAACAGGAACCACUUUCCAAAACUACUUUGUUACAAAUUAUUAAUAUACACCGUAGGCAACUUAAUUAUUUCUAUCGCGAGUAUUACUUUUUUCUUAGUUUUGUUGCAUGUCGGCAAUAUACAUUAAUCAAAAUAGGUUGGCAGCUUACUAUUUUCAUUAA